AUGGGUGUGGAUUAUUAUAAGAUAUUACAAGUUGACAAGAAUGCCAAAGAUGAAGAUUUGAAGAAAGCUUAUAGAAAGCUUGCCAUGAAGUGGCACCCUGAUAAGAAUCCUAAUAACAAGAAAGAUGCUGAGGCGAAAUUCAAACAGAUCUCGGAAGCCUAUGAGGUUCUAAGUGAUCCACAAAAGAGAGCAAUCUAUGAUCAGUAUGGUGAAGAAGGGCUAAAAGGGCAAGUGCCACCGCCAGAUGCUGGAGGACCUGGUGGGACAACAUUUUUCUCAUCAGGAGAUGGACCAAAUGUGUUUACAUUCAGUCCUAGAAACGCCAAUGACAUUUUUGCUGAAUUUUUCGGGUCUUCGAGCCCAUUUAGAGGAAUGCCUUUUGGAGGAAUGGGAGGGGGUAGUGGCAUGAGGGGAAAUUCAAGGUUUUCUGGUGGAAUGUUUGGGGAUGAUAAGUUCAGUUCAUUUGGGGAUGGCAGACCAAUGAGUUCAGGUCCCCGAAAGGCGCCUCCAAUUGAGAAUACAUUGCCUUGUAGCCUAGAAGAACUAUACAAGGGUACCACUAAGAAGAUGAAGAUUUCAAGGGAAAUACUUGAUGCAAGUGGGAAGACCUUGCCAGUAGAGGAGAUUCUAACCAUAGACAUCAAGCCUGGUUGGAAAAAGGGAACAAAAAUCACAUUCCCUGAGAAAGGGAACGAACAACCAAAUGUUAUUCCUGCAGAUCUUGUAUUCAUAAUCGACGAAAAACCUCAUAGCGUGUUCACGAGAGAUGGCAAUGAUCUGGUUGUCACUCAAAAAAUAUCGCUCGCUGAAGCGUUAACAGGAUACACAGUCCAUCUCACAACACUCGAUGGAAGGAACCUGACUAUACCUAUCAACAGUGUGAUUCAUCCAAAUUAUGAAGAGGUUGUUCCGAGAGAAGGAAUGCUAAUACCAAAGGAGCCAUUGAAGAGGGGCAACCUUCGAAUCAAGUUUAAUAUCAAAUUCCCGACUCGGUUAACGGCUGAGCAGAAGUCUGGAAUCAAGAAACAACUUGCUCCAUGA